AUGCCCCUCCAAAAAGUCCCUCCAAAAACACCAGCCAAAACAAACUACAAAAAUCCCUGCCACGAAGCCUCAUCAAAGUCAAAAUUCAGCCAAAAAAAUGCAGCUAAAUCUUCCCACCAUGAAGACCUGCAAAAAUGUUUUUUUUUUUUUUUUUUUGGGGGGGGGAGGGUAGACGAGAACGAAGCUCAGGAUGGCAGUGAGAGCAGUAGUACUUCAGAUACCACGCCCGAUACAUCUUUCAGUCCCCACGCCACCACCGACCCCUCGAGUCUACGCAGCCCAGUGGCCGUGUGUGUCUUGGCGUUGGGCGUGACGUGCAGCAACGGGAAGCUUGAUGCACAGCAGAGCGCAGCACAGCACAGCACAGCACAGCACAGCGGAGAGAUUGGUGGUGAGUUGACGAUCCAAAGGCCUGACUCCACAGCGGUAAUGAGCCUUGUGUACCUUGCACUGUCUUCACUGACAACGCCCACUACUAACCCCUCUGCCUCCGCCACCGUUUCAAGAUCAGGGAAGGACUCUGCCUUGCAUCGCGCACUGUGAUGGUCGCCGCCCUCGCCCUCGCCCCCGCCCCCGCACCCGCCGCCGCCGCUGCUGCUGCUGCUGCUGCUGCCGCCGCUAAGGGAGAAUAGUUUGUUGAGUGGAUGACGGCGCGUUCACUGACCCUCUCCCCAUUACCCUACCAACUCCGGCCACCCACCCCCCUGCCACCAGACACCUGCUACACCACCACUACCGCCGGCUCCGUCCAGUGAAAGAUUCAUCGCAGACCUGCCAUUCAACGCCUGCCGCCGCCGCCGCCGCCGCCACCACCACCACCACCUCCUUAUGGUGGUGUCACUGUACCUGGAGCUGUUGUCAUGAUUGAAUAAUAAAUUGUGAAGAAAUC